GGGGACGGCCGCGACGAGCCCGGCGACUUCAUCGAGACCAACUGCCACUGGCGCGAAUGCGGCCUCGAGUUCCCCACGCAGGACGACCUCGUCAAGCACAUCAACCAGGACCACAUCCACGCCAACAAGAAGAGCUUCGUGUGCCGCUGGGAGCACUGCUCCAGGGACGAGAAGCCCUUCAAGGCGCAGUACAUGCUGGUGGUGCACAUGCGACGCCACACCGGCGAGAAGCCCCAUAAGUGCACGUUCGAGGGCUGCUACAAGGCGUACUCGCGGCUGGAGAACCUCAAGACGCAUCUGCGCUCGCACACGGGCGAGAAGCCUUACAUGUGCGAGUACCCGGGCUGCAGCAAGGCCUUCAGCAACGCCUCCGACCGCGCCAAGCACCAGAACCGAACGCACUCCAGCGAGAAACCCUACGUGUGCAAAGCGCCCGGCUGCACGAAGCGCUACACGGACCCCAGCUCCCUGCGCAAGCACGUGAAGACCGUCCACGGCGACGACUUCUACAUGAGCAAGAAGCACAAGGGCGGCGGCGGCGGCGACAGCCCGGAGGACGGCGGCGCGGGCGGGGGCGGGCUGGGCGCGCUGGGC